GGGGAAGGAGCCUGACUCAGGACCUGGGGACAAAACUAACAACACAGAGGGCUAUGAGUCAAGCAGACCAAGACCCGGUGGAACAGUUGCCAGGAUCAAUUCUGCCGGGAGCUUAACGAGCGAGGACGCAGUGGGGAUGGUGGAGCCCGCAAAAGGCCAUAUAUAGAAUUUCUAAAACCGGUCAUGGAUUUGAGGCCUACUGUCGACAGUUUGGAUGAUCCAGAGGAGUCAGAUUUGGGUGGGAGCGAAACUCUAGCUGCUUUCUUCCCAGAAAGUAGCCCCACUAAUACCCAGGCCGAGGAGACGGAGCAUCCCACCGUUGCGCCACCAACCCUUUCCCAGGGGAGUACGGAAAGGACCCAGCAGCCUCAGCCAAGGCGGCGGAGAAAUGUCCCCCAGGCUUCCGCGGCGGCAGAUACUCGGGAGCAGAUUGACUCUCGAGUCAUUGAAUUCCUCGCCAAGAAGAGGAGUGAGGGACCAGAAGAAGCUGUGGUGAGGGGGCUGGGACCUUUACUGAGGGUUGUCCCUGCCCACAAAUUGAGUCCUUGUGGGGCAGGAAUGGCAAUGGUGAUUGAAAUGUUCUCCUCACCAUACGAGGGAGACAUUGUCUCCGAAAUCAACACUGUGAGGCGCAAGAUCAUUGCUGCCCGCUCCCACCCUGUUUCUAUGGCCAGCCAACCCCAACCCCAUGGCCCACCUUUACCAGGCCCACGUUACCAGGUGGUACAGGAAACAAGCCGCCCCCCACCACAGUUUUUUAGUCAGGCUGCCACCUAUCCCAGUGGGCCACAGCAACCUGAACAGGUUAGGCCAGGGAGUUCAUUUCAGCAUGGUCCCUUCACCAGGGAUUUAUUUGACCUGUAGUGCUGCCUUUCAACUACAGUUUCAUGUAUUUUUAUUGUUUCCGUGCCUUAUUUUUGGCAUAAUUGUUUGUUGAAAAU